AUGGCAAGUUCUACAGCAAUCACUUCAAUCCCAAGCGACUCUACUCAGCAUGGACAAGACCCCAUGCUUCAAUAUACGCCCCAAAGGCGUCCUGGUAGAGGGGUACACAUACCGCCAGUAGUAUCCAAUAGCACAGGCCCGGCUUGUCGCUUGGACAAGAAUUUAAUAAAAGAUAUUUCCGGUCACCAGCAACCCAUCGUUAAGAGUAGCGUUCGCGCCAGGGCACAAAACUGUACGUCUCCGAGGCUGCAGCGAUCGAAACGAGACACCGAAAUCAAACAGGGCCUCGAGCGCUGGUUACGCCAGCAUGGAGAAUGGCGCUCAGAUACCGGCGGCGGGUCAUCCAAUCGGUCGGUACAGCUUGAUGCUCCCUGCGAACGCGACGGAGUUGGUACGGCCAUGCAGUUACCUAAAGAUCUGUUACCUGAGCCAUUCUCACAACGGCUGCCAUGGCGGUAUGACCUCGCCGAUCCAUCUGCAGUAGCUCAGUUGAUCUCGAACUCGCUUGGACGACUUACAUUUUUGAAUGAUAUGGUAUCCCGCACAAGAUUUGCCGUUACACGAUUUCACUCGAAGAGGCCGCCUCGGAUAUCUGCCGGGGACUAUCUUGAGCGCUUAACUCGUCGAUUGUCUCUUACGUCUCCGAUCCUUCUGAUGACGGUUGCCUACAUUAAACAGCUUUGCAGAGAACACACCUCGUUCAAUAUAUCCAGCCUCACCGUUCAUCGGCUUCUUCUCAGCUGUGUCUUAGUUGCUUGCAAGAGCCUAAGUGACUUUGCCUGGCCCAACCCUUCAUUUGCCGACGUUGGAGGCGUCCCUCCCGCGGAGUUAGCGGUUCUAGAGCUGGAAUUACUGGAUUUGUUGGAAUGGGAUGUCGCGCCGCAUCCAGAUCAGGUUUCAGAAUGUUAUCAUGAUCUUGUUGCGGGAAAUAAUGGAGGCCUGGAAGAAUACAACCCCAAAACCGCUGGAUAUUAG